GAAUUAAAUUUUCAGGAACACAUACGCCAAUCGAAGGAGAGCAAGCUGGAUGAAUUGGGCCGCAGUUCGAAGGCACGCUCAAGGGAGAACUUACACAGCACAAUGCCGAGGCCCAAGCCAUCGCAGACAUCCUUGCAAAUUCUUGACGACACAACGAAUCGCUAUUAUCGCGAAGUGGUGCCCAUGUCGCACAUUCAUAACAAACCUGACCUCAAGGAUCGUGAACACAGCAUUCUUAGGCAUCGCAAUGACAUGGUCGUACAGACGAGCUUCUGCGGUGAUGACGGCCGCGAUGAGAAUAGCUCCGAAACGACAGUGGAAGCGCAAGUGGCAGCGGCGGCGGCGGCAAAUGCCUGUGAUAUGGGCUGUCAAACGCGUGAAUCGCUUUUUGCCACACCACUGAUGCACCAAAGCUCGUUGAGCUCAGUGAACAAGGACAGGGCCAGCCUACACUCACGCUCACGUUUUUCUACAUUUGGUUAUGAUGGCGCUCAAUCGACACCACCACCAAUGCAUCCACGCCGAAGUCGUCCAUGCCGCAUAUGCAUCGUAUGA